AUGAUCUCGGAGUAUCCCUACGGCAACCUAAACCCGUUCGGCGACCCGUAUUCGGAGAUACCCCUCGGGGUGUCCACCCCCUGUGACAUGUCCAGCACCGCGGACGCGUCCGCCCAGGGCGUGCUCUACAUUCCGCAGACCUGCCGGACGCUGCCCAACCCAGCCACGGCGGAAGGGAGCGCGCCCCGCGAUACGUGGUUCGCGGCGGAGGCGUUCACGUGCCACGAGACGCUGGCGUGGGCGGAUGGGCAAAAGUUUACCACGAGUUUUCAAAAGACCACCGGAACGGGAAGCUUGCAGGUUACUGUGACGUACCGGCUUGUACUGCCCGAUGGCGCCACCAGUGUGGCGCCCGCGGACGUCGACCUGGUUUGCGGGACGGACGGUAAGUCGCGGUUUUACCUCCGCGGCUCGCGGGCUGGGGCGGGGGGCGUAGAGGUGACGCUCACGCCACCGGCGCCGGCCGCGAGCACGGCGGCCAACGAGUAUUUGUCAAGCCGACCGGACUCCUGCUACCUCGGCGAGCACAUUACAAACCGGGCCAUGCGAACCGCGCCCGGAAACGUGGGAUCUGCCUGUCCAGGUAAAACGACAAUGGCCAAAGACGAGAUUUGCAACGUGGCGCCGGCCGUUGUUGCGCCCACGCUAGACAUACCACUGGAUGAACAGACCGUCUUCUACGCACUGGUUGAGAGAAACAUGGUGAGAUACCAGAAACCGGUGCCCGUCUACCCGGUCGCCACGACUGCGGUAAGGUACCAUUGCAAGGCUCCCGUGAUCGGGCACGGCCGGCUGCUGCGACCCUUUGCCCCGCACCCGCUAGCUGUAUCGUCGGCGGCAGUCGAAAUCCGGGCGGGGCGAAUCUGCGACAUGCGCAGCUUCCUGCACCAGUUCCACGCCCUACUGGACGUCGGGGAUUGCCUGUUUGCACCGAAAACCGAUCUUGGCGCAGAAGCCUUUCAAUGCGUGUCGACAAAAACCUGGAAGACCGCCGCCCGGGAGGCGACGUACAGCCUGAAGCUGGUACUUGCUUACUAUUAUACUUGAUUCGCACGCUUGGCUUUUACCCUUUUUCGUACGUGUUUUGUGUCACAGCCGCGCCCCUAUGGUACAAAUUGACUGCCCACCCACCCUAAACUGGGCGCGCAGUUUCUUUCGGGCUGGACGAGGGAGGGAGUAGCACGCAGCAGCCUGCCAGAGGGCGCGCUGCCCGCGUCAUCAUCAACAACAUCAUCAGCAUUGUCAUCACGACGUUGCACACGUAGACGGGCAUUGAGGCUCCUGACAUCAUGUUGUAGUGGCUGCAGUGCUAAGACUUGCAUAUGAUCUGGUAACCAAAUGCGUGCGCGCGCGCGCGCAGAGCGCGCGCCGGCCCACGAAGCCGGCGCGCGCGCUCUGCGCGCUUGCGAUAUUGCUUAGCAAACGCAGCGCGAAGGCAGUUGCCGUUACCAUAUAGGGCAACCGCCGGGAGGCCUGAAGGUCAGGGAAAUGGCCAGAAAUGAAGCGGGAGAGGGGAAAAAAAGCGGACCAGAUGGGAAAAUGGCCAGGAGGUCAAAAAUGUCGCAAAAAUGGCAGAAACCAAGCGGGAGAAGGUGAAAAAAGAGCAUUUUUGCGGUUUGGCCCACUUGAUAUCUGAAAAAUAGACGGACUAUUUUUUGCUCCGCCCGGUGGCCAGCUGCGUUGGAGAAGCAGGCCCGCGACCUGUCCGGAAGCCUUGGGCCGCUUCGUAACUGGGAAAAGUUGGAAAAAAAUGACAAAAAAUUGCUUCAUAACGUGGGUGGAAGCAAUCGUCGGAUUUUGUCCAGAUCACCCGGGCCACUUGGAAAAUGAAAAAAGAUGAGAAAUUGCGCAAAAGCGCAAUCGUUCUGCAGGCUUCAAAACUGCCAGUCAGAUGCGGGCGGUAAAAAUGUGCAGGUCGCCCGGGCCACUUGAAAAAUAGAAAAAGACGAAAAAUUGCGCAAAAGCGCAAUCCUUCCGCAGGCUUCAAAACUGCCAGCCAGCUGCGGUCGGUGAAAAUGUCCGGAGCCCUUCGGCCACCUAAAAACUUGAAAAAAAAGCGAAAAUCGCAAAAAAUCGAAAACCCUCGGCAGGCUUACAAACUGGCCGCCAAGGGCGGUCCGGUGGGCGCGCGCUUGCGCCAUACCAUCGCGAUUGGUUAAAAAAAGUCGGACUAGAAGCGGGCGGAGGCAUGUCCCAAAAUCCCGAUUUGGCCGGGGUUGUGAGCACCAAUUCGGGACCUCCGCCGCGUCUGAAGUGGCCGAUUUUGGUUGCCCGGAAGGGUUCGCGGGUUUUCGGCUUUCCACAUACCUUCCUGGCCAGGGGGCCAGUUUGUCAUGCAGGGGGCUAGAGAGGAUGCCCCGUUGCGAAAUAGCAGACCGGGUUUCGCCUUCAAUGCUUAUCGCAGGAGCCUGCGGGCCGCCGCGGGCGACAGUAGUUGUCCGCGGCCCUUUAGGGCCGCGGGGAAGUGGUGGAGCCCGCGGCGGCCCGCAGGCUCCUGCGAUAAGCUUUGAAUGCGAAUCCGGACGCCCCCGAUGACCGAGAUACCUUCCUGGCCAGGGGGCCAGUUUCUCAUGCAGGGGGCUUGAAGAAGAAGGAGUGGGACUCUAAUCAAAAAUAAAUAGCGCCAAAGCGCGGCCCGCAGGGCCGCGCUUUCGCCGCGCGGCUGGUUAGGCUUUCGCGCUGGUUAGAAUUUCGCGCACGCAUUUGGUUACCAAUAUCGCCCUCCGGGCGCGACCUUCAUACUAAGUGUAUAAUGUGGCGGCAGGAACAACAACAAUACGGAUAGUUCGAGGAACCUCGAGGAUGGACAAUAAAUUUGAGAAUUCCACCACCGCUCUUUCAGCAUCACCUGUGGGGACAUGUGCUUGCUUGUGACCUUUUGUAGCCCCUUGCUUGUUUGUUCUACCUGGUGCUAUAAUUGUCGAGUGAUAUUAGACUGACUGGUUGCCUUAUCGGAUUCUGCUUUAUUGAUAUUUCAUAACUUUUUUCGUUAGAUACCCGCCUUCACCGUCGAGACAACGGUGACUCUGUCCGACGCAUUGGUAGCCGUGGCAUGCGAUGACCAUACUGGGCAAGCCGAGCUUCGAAGAGGUUCGCGGCGGAUUAUUUCGGAGCCCCCUGUGCUCCGGACGUGUGACGUUUUGCUCGACGGGGCGGUCUACGGGCCGAAGGACAUGUGCCCGGGUGAAAGUCUCGUUUAUCCGUCCGCGACCACGGCCUCGGCGAGCAGCCCGACAGGGGAACGUUGCGGCUCGCCUCCGGACUUUGCCGGCAAGGAUGUGGAGGCCCUGUUCUAUGAGAGAGAAGCCGCAACUGGUGUCAACGGCAAUGGGGCUCAGUCCUGGCAGGUAGGGGUCGUAGCCGCGUCGCAGGUCCGCUACGAGUGCACCGCGACCGGUCCAGCGCCCGGAAAAGCGUCGGAUGCCAGCGCGUUUUAUGAGAUUGCCGCGCCCUGCACUCUAGAUCCGACAAUCCAGGUCAGCAUCUCCGCUGCCCUCAUUACGCCACACGCUAGCUGCCUGAACCCGGCGUUGCCGCGCCUGCCCGAUGGUGCCGCAGCCGGCAGCCUGCACGUCUGCAAGCACGGCCCGGUCGAAGGAAAUUUGAUGGACGCCGCGACCGGGGCGGUGCACCGGGUCGAGUACGUGUCGCACAGUGCGGCCGGCCUCCAGCCGCCCUUCUCGAUUGCGGCGCCGCGGCUGUUCCUGGCCUGUCAGACCAACAAUGUGACGACGCUCGUUGACGCGGAAGGCCGGGAGCUGACCAUUUUACCUCCCCUGUCCACCACCACAACUUCGACCACGACCUCGACGCAAACCUCAACGACCACACUGACCACCACAGCGCAGUUCGACGACCCCACAGUGAUCACGUUGGAGAGUGGGUUUGCCAUCGGCCUAGCGAACGGCAUUCCCCCGGUUGCGUGCGGGAAAGACCUCAGCACGUGUGUGCAGUUUCAGAACUCCUUGCGACUAGCCCUAGCCUUCACGGUGGGGCUCGCGGAGUCAGCGGUUGCACUUAAGAGUCUGCAGCUCGACAGGCGACAGAGGAAAUUGCAAGACACGUCGACUCGUUCCAGCUUCGCGGAGGUUCAUCUUCCGGAGCACCAGAUCAGCAGGUCUAUGAUUAUGACCGCUUCCAAAGAAGAAGCUGCAGCAAGACCAGCAUCUUCGCCACGUCAGUUGACGACAAUUACAAGUGAUUGGAAGGCGGUGUUCGAUGUUACCACGGUCUUUUCCGCUGCAAGCGCUCUCCGAUCCGCGGCAGAACAGCCUGGCGCGUUUCUCGCCCAACUGAGCAGCAAUCUCGGGAGCGCCUACUCGGUGGCUGCGGCUACAUGUUUGGUUGCAGGCCUCCAGAUGACGAACCCGCAAGCCACCAGCGUGGUGACAGUGACACCGUCAACCGCAACGCCCACGACGCCUUCUCCCGCCACGUCGGGAGGUGGUUCCUCGUCUGGCGUCGCGCCGAGUCCGGCACCGACUGUUGGAGGUCCAUCAACUACGGAUACUUCCACUUCCACAGCGAGCACGGGAACAGGAGCAGGAGCGACGACUCAAGCCGCAACCGACGACGACGGAGUGAAGAUCUCCCAACUUUUGUUCCUGCUGAUUAUCGUCGGGUUUUCUGUACUCGGGUUGAUAAUCAUCGUCCUCAUGUAUCUGCUUUGUCGCUUCAAGCGGAACUUGAACUGGAAGGAAGCUCUUGUUGAUCUUGAUGUUGCCGCGCAGCGGAGGUCGAGCAGGGUCGUCACCGUAGCCUCGCGCGGUCCUCUGGGUUCGCGGACGAGUGUCGCAUCGCAAAAAAUGCACCCCGGCAACACCAGCUUGGAGAACAUUGUGCGGAACUCGCGACUCAGCUUGCCUCGAGAGCAUUUGGUUGACGAGGAGAUUCUUUCCCCCGCCGUCGAGCUCGUCGAACAGACAAAAUCAGAAAGAGAGAGCUUUCAGCACGCGCCCCCUGUCUCGCCUUUGGGGCAGGCUUUUACGGAAGAAACAGAGCAAAAACCGAAGCGUCCGAGCACGAGCAGCGGGAUGGAGGAGAGUAGAUUACGUGCACGACCGCCAAGAAAGAACAAGAAGGCAAAAAAGCGCGUGCCAGACCGCGAUCUUUCGUACCAGUGGACUUUUCUGGGACGCGAGUCGGAAAACGCACGAGAGAAAUCCGUAAACGAGGCACUGAUAAGAAUGAUUGGCGAUGGCGACGGUAAGUUCGGUGCGCAAAAGCAAAACGCGAAUCAGAAGGCAGAACUACAGGAAGCGCAGCACGGCGGAAACGAGGAACGCGGCUCGUCCCUGCAAGGGAGUAGCAUCAAAACAGGUUCUCAGGGUCAGGAGGACGAGAAACUAUUAUCGCCCCGCUUAUUACAGUAUUUGCUUGCAAAGCGUCCUGAGAUGAGUAUUAUCAAGACAGCACCUCCGAAAACAAAGAAUGCACCUGCUGCGCCAGCAGCUGACAAGAUUCAACCGAAAUCCAAUCUCCACAAGGCCGACGGGGCAAAAGAAACGAAAAAGCAAGUGGCAGAGAGCGCGGCAGGUGUUGUAUCUGCUGCAAAAGAAGAACACAUCAGAGGUGCAGCAGGGCAAGUGCAAGACGAGCCAGAGGUGGUUUCGGAAAGCAGCAUGGAUUUGAAAACGCCACGUGCGUCUACUUCUGGCCAGUCAACGCCACGAUCUAACAGGCCGCCAAAGCGUAGCGCGGGCAUUGGGCGGAAAGCAGCCAUAGCAUCUUCAGCUCGCAGUGUUUCCGGUCGCACGAAAGAUAAGGCUCGUGCUAGAGGAGCUCCGAAGCAUAUCACGAAUUAUAAUAGUGAGCCAAUUGAAUUGGAAAAGGCGACGAUAGUCGGCAAGGUUCGAGGAAAUCUACCGAUACAGAAUCCAUCCUUAGACGGUGCCUUACCUGCUCCAGAUGCAGAGACCGUGAGGCCUGGCGCGACGCCGGAAACGAAAGACACGGUGGAGUCCUCGUCCGAGCACCACUUCGUCUUGUGAUUUCGUAGCUCUUUUUUGUCGUUGACGUUGACACAUCUUUAGAUCCGUUUCCCUCCGCCCCAUUCCUGAGAGGUCCACUACCGUUCCUCUUCAUUGUCCACAUGCACAUUUUAUGCGGACUUCGCUUACCAGUCUGAUGAACGCGAAAAACACACGUCGAUAAGAAAUGCCGUUUGACCAGAAUAAAUGCAAAAGGACUCAGUAUUUGUGACCAAGAAAUGCAUGGUAUUUCGCGACGUGCUUCCUGUUGUGAGCUUGCGGGAAAGAUUGAAAAGAU